UAAAUUUUGGUUGCGUUCUUGUAAGUCGAAUUUCCUGUCCCGAUGCGCACCACAACACCCCGCCAUGGACGACCCCCCACCCGGACACAAGACGGCCGCGGCCAAACUCGUGCGUCUCAAACGGUCCAAAACAGACCUGAGCGACGUGGAAACUGUUGAUCCGGAUCUGAGCGCUCAUGGGCAAUCUUUUCUGCCUGGCCAGUGGCCAAAGCAGGAUGCCUCUGCGCGCAAGAGACCCCGACGACGUGGCUUUUCAUUAAACAAGCUGACAGCAUCUUUAGGACUGCACAAGCCUUCCCGGAAGUCCACCCAGAAACCGAGUAUCUCGAAACCUAUCGUCGAUUUCCAGAAUCCCAUUACUCUACCAUCCUCGAGCUUCGAACUAGGUCGUAUCUCCCUUGCGCCGCACCGUCCCCAUCUCGUACACGCGAACUCGAGCCCUGCCCGCACUUGCCCACCAAGAUCUGACUCGCCCCAAUCUUCAGGAUUGAUCAGACGUGAAGGGUCGGUGAACGGCCUUGACCGCCAUUCUAGGGCAGAUAAAACAUCAAGACUUGUAACAAUGGACCCGACGCGCUUAAGCCUGCAGCCGCCGGCCAACGGCACCAAGCUGCGCGCAAGGCAACAAGCGCAAGAAAUGCAGAUCCUUGUCUCCGAGCGUGCUAGACGUAGCGGAGAAGACCCGCCGCCAUACGAAUUUUUCGAGCUUAUUGGCAGAGGUUCAUUCGGCCGUGUGUUCAAAGGUGCUGAUCGAAAAACUGGGGAGACGGUUGCGAUCAAGAUUCUCGACAUUGACAGUUCCGAUUACAUUGAGAGAAGUCAAGACCAGCUUUCGACUACCUUGAAGGAGAUCAGCAUCCUUCAACAAUUGAAGAACAGCAAAGCUCGACCUUACGUCAAUGUCAUUAUGGAGGCCCUCCCCGUUCAUAACGAGCUUUGGAUCAUCAGCGAAUACGCUAGCGGUGGUAGCGUCAGUACAUUAAUGAAGCCCACGGCGAACCAAGGACUAGAGGAGAAAUUCAUCAUUCCAAUCGCACGGGAGCUAGCGCUGGCACUGAAAUACACCCAUGAAAUCGGUAUCCUGCACAGAGAUCUCAAGUGCGCGAACAUCUUAAUCCUUGAGGAUGGCAGUGUGCAGCUUUGCGAUUUCGGUGUUUCUGGCAUCGUCGAGGCUCGACAAGCCGAGCCUUCCAAAAGAUUCAGUGUACACGGCACGCCGCAUUGGCUUGCUCCAGAGCUGAUCCCGCCACUCAUCAAUAACGAAUUCGAGACUGAGGUCCCAUAUGGGGCUGAGGUUGACAUUUGGGCUUAUGGGUGCACCAUCUAUGAGAUGGCUACGGGAAGGCCGCCAAACGCCACAACAGCAGCAGCCAGUCUGCCAAACGCACCUUUGCCGAGCCUUGACGGAGAUAGGUAUUCAGAAGAUCUGAAGGAUUUUGUUGCGUUUGUGUUUCACCGUGACCCCGAUGAGCGCCCCACUACGGACGAGAUACUUGGACACCCCUUUCUGGCCAACUCUACCAAAAUGUACCCGACCGUUAUGCUCGUCAAGUUAGUGGAAGAUUAUACUCAGUGGGAACGUGCUGGCGGUAACCGUGUAUCACUAUUCGACCCGCGGGCCGGAGCUAUGGCACCUGAUCCACUGGCUCCAGAGGACGACGACGAUGAUGAUUGGACGUUCAGUACCAGUGACGAAUUUGAGACAAGAUUAUCAAGGGCGUUUCCAGAACACUUUGCUAUGCCCGUUCAAAGUCAAGACGGCAUGGCUCCAGUGGAUGAUGGGGACAGAAUGGCAAAGUUGCUGGCAAAUUUCAAAGAAGAGGGCAUCAGACGAGGAGGACAGGGACUAGGUCGGUUGUUCGAUAUGAAUGCCGCCCCUUACAAAUUCAGCGUCGACGACGGCGGUAACGGUCGACCACCAUCGGAUCUAGUACUUCGCAACAGCGACUGGCCCAUUGCGCCUAAUCGAGAAACUGUGAUCGAUCUGGACUUCGCAGCACCUUCGAUUGCUAUGGAACCUAGCAUUGACUUGGAUGAGGUGCCCAAUCUAAAAGCAAAUCGCAUGCACAAGGUCAUCCGUGAGGCGCAGAUGGAGGACGAAGAGUUUGAUGCUUUCGACAUGGAUGAAAUGACGAAACGUGCUACACGAGACUUUAAAUAUCCACCUGAGGACAGAGACCUUGGACCAAGACCACCUACGAUGGAAUGGAAGUUACCCUUGCAGAGAGACAGUGUCAGACCACCCACGAUGGACUGGACGUUUAGCAUGGCGGGAGAGACUGCUAGGCCACUUACGAAGGAAUGGAGGGCCUCUAAAAACGAUGAACGACUGAAUCGUCAGACUAAAGAUUUCCAGUUCCCGCCGAAACCGAACCGCAAAACACGCGAAUGGACAUUCAGUGCAGCCAUAGCUGAGGCAAAUUACAAUCAACGAGAUUCUCGUCGCGAGACAAGAGAUUGGAAAAUGCCAAUAGCUGUUCCAGAACAUAAUGUCGAUCGCAAGACCCAAGACUUUGUCUUCCCUAGAAGUGAGACAGUGGAGGAUGAUCGCGAACAGGCCCAGCACGUCAAAUCUUCCCCCACGCUUGAAUCCGAUUUCCGACCCACUCUGAGGCAUGCUUCGACUGAGCCGGUUGGGUCAUUUGACGAUUAUCCCCGCGUGGACUCUACUCCCAAUUCUCCACUCCGAACUUCCAUGAUUGACCUCGACAUGGCCAAUAUCGACGACUAUAGACCUCCAUCAGCAGGAUCUGCCUCGACGACAAUUCGCACAGCUAUGUCUGAGCAGUUGAACGAAAAUCCUUUCAAUUUGGAAGACCAGGUUCAGCUAUCUGAGAACAACAACCGCGCAUCCUACCAUACAAAGUCUCAAUCGGAGCCUAACCAGGCGAUCCCAGGAUUGUUGACCCCCCAAACCUUUGAUGAGCAGGGCCAGCCUACGAACUUGGAUUCACAUCAUCAAAAUUUGCACGCGCGUGGCUUGUCUUCUGUCUCACAAAUACAGACUCAACUUAGACCCCCAGUCGCAACGAACGGUAUCACACAUCGUCCGAGACAGCGCUCACAGGCGCAAGUCUGGGAGGGCUGGUCGCACUCGGCUGCAUAUGGCACCGGCAGCGAUGAAUCACCGCCAGCAAGUGUCGUUACGGACACCUCCAUCGACGACGAAGACAUUGACGAAGCCUGGGAUGUUCUGGAAAAGCAAAUGUUGUUCCGAAACCAAUAUCACAUCCCCAGCACGCAUCAUGCUUCCGCCUCCCGUGACGAAGGCGUACACUACUCCGAUGUCGACAACACCGACUACGAGGACCCUGCCCGCCACAUUCGUGUAUCUCUCGGUCCUAACGGAAAACCACUAGUGGAGUUCCCGAUUCCGCGCGGUCCAGACCCUGAGGCGCUCCUCGGUCUCAAUAGUAUCGGCGACGGGAGUGCCAAACUCCAGGACGCACUCUGGAAGAGCGCAGUGGAGAUGAGGGAUGGUUUGAGAGCUUGCCGAGACUUGAUGAAAGCGAUGCGCCUAGUAGAGGGCGUUGACGAAGAUGAUGCAAAUGUGAAUGGUAAUAGCAUCGACAUUUCUGCGACCGUUAGGUUGAGUAGGAAUGAUCGAUAA